GCACUCUGAAUUUGGGCACUCAAACUCAUCUGACUUUAGUUCACCGAUGUAAACAGGCACGCAGUUGCGUUCUGAAUGAAAAAUUCCCCAUUUUUGGUUUGUUGUUUCAAAGUGUCAUAUUUGUGGGGGAGUAACAUGAAGCCAGCAGCGGCUCUGCUGGGCCUCGUCCUCCUGCUGGACAUCGCCUUCGCUGCAGAACAGUCCUGUGCGGGUCGCUGUGGCUCCUUCGACGCGCAGACCAAAUGCCAGUGUGACUCCAUGUGUGUGUAUUACGGGAGCUGCUGCGGGGACUUUGACACCAUCUGCCCAAAAAAAACCGCUCGUGGCGAUACCUUCCAGGAAGCAGACGAAGUCACAGACGAAGUCACUCUCCCAACUACUUCCAACACGGCUGCACCGGUCAUAACUGCCUCCCCCACGCCCGUCCCCACACAAGGGCCUUCUCCUUCUGCUCCUCCUUCUGUCGAGCCUGACGCAGCGGCCUGCAGUGGUCGACCUUUUGAUGCUUUUCUGCAGCUGAAGAAUGGCUCGAUAUAUGCUUUCAGAGGUGAAUAUUUCUUUGAGUUGGAUGACAAGUCUACACUUCCUGGUUACCCAAAACUCAUCCAGGAUGUGUGGGGGAUCUCUGGACCCAUAGACGCGGCAUUCACACGCAUCAACUGCCAGGGGAAAUCCUACAUCUUUAAGGGGAAACAGUACUGGAGGUUUGACGGUGAUGUUCUGGAUGAGAAUUAUCCGCGGGACAUUUCAGUCGGCUUCGACGGCAUACCAGAUGACGCUGAUGCCUCUUUCGCCUUACCGGCACCAAGCCACCGCGCCAGAGAGAAAGUCUACUUUUUCAAAGGGGACAAG